UUACUCCAGACCUGCGAAGUUUCGCAAGAUAGGUUUCUGUUUCGAUGCUCUGCCGUGCUGAUUUCGUGCGCAACAACGCGAUUGCGAGCGACACUAGCACAAUCCACGAUUUAACUUUACUCCAAGUCCAGCAGAGACGAUUCAAGCCAAUCCGUCGGAGUGUCUUGGCGUAAACAAUUUGCGCGCAACAUAAGUUCAUUGUAACAUAAGUGGUCUCGAUAACGGAAGUUAGCGUACCGAAGCUGGGGGUACCUGUCAUCCAAAUCACGUUUCCUCGACGCGGUUUAAGGUGUUUCAAUGAUGUCUACCCAAAAACAUGGUGCGGCGGACUCGGCAAAUGACGGAUUCCCGCGAAAACGAUCGCUUGUCCGUCAAGCGACAGACGUUGAAGACGACGACUUCUCUCCGUUUCCAUCGACGAUCGCCGACUUCGGAUACUUCUUCAAUGAUUUCGGCCAGUUGAGGCACCUGAAGACCGGAGAGCCCUACUUGUUUCAGGUGCGCCCCGACGACCUUAGCUACAACCAGCGGCGCUACGAAGCUCUGGGUGACGUUAUCACCGAACACGUUUACCAGCUCCUGGAGCUAGAGACACACCUGAUGCGAGUCACCGUGCCCGUCAACGUCCAGAAAGAUGAGCCGAGUUCGUUCAUCUUCGUGUCGGAAGAUGCGUUCACCAAUAAGGACCGCCUAUUGAUCCUAAUACACGGCAGCGGCGUCGUGCGCGCUGGUCAGUGGUCACGGCGGCUCAUAAUCAAUGACUCGCUCAAGAAAGGCACGCAGCUUCCUUACAUUAGGAGAGCGCAAGGGCUUGGCUACGCCGUGAUUGUGCUCAACACAAACGAUACUCACCGCAUAAUCAACGGCGUGCGGGUCCCCGUGCGGGAGUGUGAAACUGCCGAGAAACAUGGGCGGCACGUCUGGGAGUAUAUCGUCGAGAAGAGAGCACCGGCGCGUCAUGUCGCCGUCGUAGCGCACAGCUACGGAGGCGUCGUUGCUGUUAAUGUGGCAACGGAGUUCUUCGCUUCGUUCUCCGAUCGCGUCUUCGCUGUCGCCUUUACGGACUCCGUCCACAGCUUCGCACGUCAGAAAUCCCACCCGCGCGUUGCGCAGUUUUUCCACCAGUUUGGGCGGAAUUGGGUUUCGAGCCCGGAACCCCUCGAUCGGCCUCUCAGGGAGCGACAUGAUGGCACCGUCGAUGUCAAGCGCGUGUCUGCCGGCACCGUGACCCACGAGAUGACGUCGUGGUCCAGCUUCGCGUCCGUCUUCGAGUUUCUGGAGACGGCAUACCACAAGAAGUUGGCCGGGAACGGAGAGCAUAACGAUUUGUAGUUUUCCACGUGACUAGGCAGCGCAGCCGCCGUUUCUUUUGCAGAAGUGUGCUGUAGAAAUUACUUUACUGCUUGCCAGUAUGUUGACAGUAUGAGUGUGUAACCCACUGAGUACUGUAGACACACAAAACUGCGAGCAUUGUUUAGAACGCAAAGCUUUAUGCAGGAGCACCGAUGGUAGCCUUGGCUUUCUUGUUGAUCGGCAGCACUCGUGUACAUUAAUCAAGUGCCUCGAUUUGCUGCAUAUUUGAGAGGUUGUAUAGCGACGUGUAUAUGUUGAAGGCUCAAGGUGCUGUGGCCCUUAUGUCUUUUGCUCAAUGUGUAUUCUUGUAAAGGAACAGUGCAGGAGACAAUAACCUAAAGAGAAGAAAGAAACUCAGUGGACUUUGUGUGUAACUCCUGAAAUGACUUGCACUGUGUCUUCGAAAUCACUGUUAAUGUAGUUCAGUGGACCUUUACAGCAUGAAUAUUAGUUACACACUGUAGCAAUCAGAAGAUAUGUGCUUUCGUUUAUAGUACAGUGGAAGAAUGUAGACACACCUACAUCAGGCAUUACAUUAUUGCACCUGGCUAGAUUUUACAUCAAAUCUUGGCUGCACCUAUGGUGACAAACAGCCCCUUAUUCCUGGUGUGUUUAAAGAAUUGCCAUAUUUGUCCAUCUUAUAUGUUCUCUGCCCAGUUCUCAGUUCCUUCACGAAAAUGAUCCCAUUUGCUCACUUCAAUGCUAUGCAUUUUGAACAGCAAAUGCUGAUACCAUAUUUUGGUACGGCUCUUUGCAACUACUAUGCUUCCAGGGUUGCUCUUUAUCAUGAAACAUUAUGUUGCAUUCAAAGGGACACCAGAAGGCAAUCAAUAAAUCAAACCAGUUUAAUAUAAUUUUACUAUAAAAUACCCUACAUACAAAGUUUAUCAUUUACACAGCAAGGAACCUGCAUAACAUGACGCAAGAAUGAAAGGCCAAUCACAUAAAAUAUGAGAGGUAAUUUUUCACCACUUUUCAAGACCAGCUCAGUGACAUGCAUGCCUUGAUUGACCUUGUUGGCAUUACACAGUUCACGGAGCAGUUCUUCACCGAGUUGGCUCUCCCUUGAGUUGUUUUCCUCUCCAACUGGUGAUGCCCUCUUAAUAUCCAAAGGAAAAUGUCUUGCAAGAAGAACUCCCGAAGAACACGAAACAUAAAUUCUGCUGGUUGAUGUUUCUUCUUUCUCAACUGUGAGCUUGUAUUCCGUUGGCAGAUUCAAAAGCAAGUCCACAUUUUCCACAGGUCAAUAUGCAUCAUCUCGCUCUGCGAUGAAUGGCUCUCUCUUGCCCCAUCACUUAUGCAUGAAAAAAGUGCUGAUGUGUGACGCAUCACUUCUGCCAGCUCCACCACCAAAGUUCUGUCGUGCUCAUGCGUAGAGUGUUAUGUUUUUGUCUGGCAGAUUAGCAUAUAGGUAAUCUGAGCGCUCACUUCAGAUAUCAAGUAGCCCUUCAAAAACAACCAGAAGAAUGAACUGUCAGACACUUUUCAUAUGGAACAAUAGCUGAGAGAGGUCUAGAGGGAUUGUUUGCCUAUAGCAUCUCUUUAAGUGCGACAUGCUGUCUUGUACUUAUAUGUUUAAACACCCAACAAGAGUAAGCUCUAAGUACACCUAUUUUGCCAUCUCGCCUGUAAGGUCAUCUGUUGUGCUCGCAAUCUUGUAUAAACGGGAUGAACACAAGACCAAGUGCACAAGGCUGGACCUUGUGCACAGCACAUGACCAAAAAUUUAUUUUGUGAUAGUCGAAUUUGUAUGCGUGCUGAACUUUAGCAUUUUAGAGUCAUUUGUGAUGUUUGUCAAUGAAAGGAAACAAGGAAAAUCUUGUGAAAUUACAGCAUUAGUGUGAACAUUUGUCAAACCUUACCUAGCAUUAGUGUUGAGAUCAACCUCAUUACUUUAAGCUUUUUUAGUCUGCACAAUAUCUUUCACUGCAGAUGUCUAAGUUAGGAAUACAGUGGCCUGCAUUACAUGUUGCAUCUACCCACUUUUUGUUGUGCUUGUUCCCAGUUGCACUCGGGAAAAUAAGAGCAUUGUUUUACGAGAUUUCACUCUGUACACAACUAGCCUCCUCUGCUUGCCUCAGAAAAAUAUGGCAGGCUAUACUUCAAUUUUUAUGGCAGUUAUAACUAGCGACAAUAUAUUGCAGAGAGUGCUUAUCUUGUCUCAAAUCUUUUUUUAAAUUAUGGGGUUUUACAUGCCAAAACCACGAUACGAUCUGAUUAUGAGGCACGCCGUAGUGGGGGACUCCGGAAAUUUGGACCCCCUGGAGUUCUUUAACGUGCACCUAAAUCUAAGUACACGGGUGUUUUCGCAUUUCGCCCCCAUCGAAAUGCGGCCGCCAUGGCCGGGAUUCGAUCCCGCAACCUGGUACUCAGCAGCCCAACACCAUAGCCACUGAGCAACCACGGCGGGUUGUCUUAAAUCCAAACUUGGCAUAUAUGAUAGGCAGAGAUUUCACGACGUAAUGUGGCGUUAAGCUAAAAAAGCAGAGUUCCCAAGCUAGUGUUCUUAUUUGUAUGGUGGUUUUUCAAUUGCAUUUAAGACGCAACUUUAGGAGACCCAAGUGGUCCUUAACACAGCAUUUCUUAGACUGUAAUUUAUGUAUGUUAAGGUAUCCUCGAGAGAAUCUUAGGGAAGUUGCACGACCACACUAUCUUGCUCACAAAAGAGGGAUAUGUAUAUCUGGUGGUACAUAUUUUGUGACACCGCACUCUCCAUAUUGCCUCAGGUAAGGAAAACAAGAAGGUAUAUGCUGAACCAUACCUAUGAAUUUACUUGUUUAUAACAAACCCUAAUUUGGAGCUUUUGUGUCCAGCAUGGAAGGUCACCUUUCUCAUUGGUUCUAUGCUGGGAGGCACAUAUGGAACACCAUGAACGUAAUCCUUGUCAAUUGAAGCUUUAGAAUGGUUUUAGUUAUGAAAUCAACAUAAACCUGGAUAUAUGCGUACAUUUUUUCUCCAAAUAGAAAUUAACUAAAGGGGGCACCUAAUUGGUCAGUUCAAGGUGUCUGUCAUGGCCAAGUUUCAAAAAUGCCACUGUGGCACUGACUGAAAUUUACGAUGAUCACGUUUGUUCCAUCAUAGCCAGCAUGUUCUUUUCCUCAGGAUUGUCCUGGUAGCCUUAGGCAAUGAAGAUAUUAGUAGCUUCUAGACGCCUUGUGAACAAAAAAAUAUAAAUGAAGAGGAGAGGGCCAAGCUCCAGUUGCCAGAUUCUCAUUAAAGAUGAAGUAAUUGAUUUUGCAAGUCUAACAUUAUCUUUUAUGUGUGUUAAAUGAACCACCAAAGGACAAAAAUAGCUAAAAGUUACAAAAAGCAAGAUGUAUGCUCACAUUUAAGGAACCUGCUCACUUUUUAUGUUAUGUUCAGAGUGCAGACCGAGCACUUAACAUUGCGGUCAGUCUGUGGUGUUGCAUUUUGCUAUCCUGUGUUUUAUUUCACUUUUUGUUCGUUAAUCCACAGGUAAGGGUUAAUUGUGUUAACACUUGUAUUUUGUAAUGAUCACAUUCCAUGUCCUUGCUUUGACAUCAUACUUGUAGUGUACUUAGUUUGUAAAGCUGUGGUUUAUAACUCUGGUCACACCGUGUGUUGUGCAGGAGCUGACAACCUGGAUGUAAUGUUCAACACCUUUUACUGCUACAUUGCUAUUAUGGAAGAUAUUAUAAUGCAAAGUAGCUCAAAUCUGAAUUAUGAAUUGCUGAAAUCUUGACAUUCAAUUGCAUUUUCACUGCUAUUAUUGGUGUAUGUCCUGGUUAGAUUUCAAGCAGCACUUCCUUUGAACGUGAAUCUUUUUCCUUAGCAGGCAAGAACGCUUGGUUGUCAUGAAUGACUCAUACUUGUGUUAUUAAGAAGAGUCUUUUUAUUGCAGUUUAUUGCAACAUUUGUUUGUUGUAUUACAGUGCUCCUUUGUAACAAAUUUGAAGCACAAGUUUAUUACUAUUGAAAAAUAUAGGAACAUUUUAUUAUGUACUGUGCGUGUUGUACACAAAGCCCACUAUUUUUUUCUGAUGGGCUUGCAAGGCCAUCCAAGUCCCAAACACUCUUUUGAAGUUUACUUGCUUUGGGAAAGUAAACAUGUAUUUGUUACAACUGGUCAUUUCUUUCACUGCAGCUGUUGUCAUUUAUCAGGUUCUUCUAAACAUUUCAAUACAAAUAACAGCACUUUUUUUUUUAAGAACACUUUUAAACCCAGUUCAAUACCACUUCAUACUUGUAGGAUUAUAUUUCGUGGCACUUACAAUAAAUUGAACCUCCAAAUUGAUAUUGACAGCGUAUGCUCCAAGGCCAGCUUGGUUUUCGAACGCAUGGUUUACAAAUGCAGUUAGCUAGCAAUCAAUGCAUUUCCAAAUUAGUCUAUUCUUUUGCUGUUUAAGUUAUCUGCUGCACGGUCUUUUUCUCAAUUUCUGAAGUGCCCCCUGCAGAAAGAAACCACACUGAGCAACUGCCUUGGCGCACCUCUGUUCUUUGUACUAAUUGUAACCAUAAAAUUAGAAGUAGAUAAACAGCACAAAAUGACAAAAACAUUUAUAUAUUAUGAAACACCGUUUUACAUAAAUAAGAACUAUAUUUAAUAAAAUGACAUUGUCCUUGUUA